GGCAAGGGGAGCGCGUGGCCAUGGCUAGGAAGAGCGGAGGCGGCGGGGCCCACCGGGCCGGGUCCCUGAAGCAGCAGAACAAGCCGCACAAGAGCGGGAGGCACAGCGGGAGCAACGCGAAGAAGCAGGGAGGCCGGGUCCCUGCUAAGACACUCAGCCAGCAGCGUCACCGCAAUUUGGCCAAAUUGGACCGCAAGCAUCGGGCCUGGCAGCUCCGCCAGCACUGCAGGGAGAUGGUGUUGGAAGAAAAGCGGAACUUGGGUCACAAGGCUGGGCCACCCCACUUGGUGGUGGUAGUCCCGCUGCAUGCUGGCGUCGCUGUCCCCAGAGCCUUGAGCCUGUUUCAGAGCAGUGCAGCUUCUACUGUGUGCCAAACCAAGAUGGGCCCACCAGGUUUUGGCCUGCUGUGCCACCGAUCCAGACGCCGGUGGCGCUUUGUGGUGGCUGACACAGGGAACCUCCAUGCUGUGCUGGACCUUGCCAAGGUCGCGGACACCCUCCUUUUUGUGCUGGAUCCUCACGAGGGCUGGGAUGCCGCUGGAGACUACUGCCUUUCCUGCAUCUUUGCACAGGGCCUCCCCAGCUAUGGCCUUGCUGUUCAAGGUCUUUCUGACCAACCGCUAAAGAAGCAGGCUGACUGUCGCAAGAAGCUGAACAAAGCCAUUGAGAAGAGGUUCCCUGAAGCCAGGCUCUUUCCCCUUGACACAGAGCAGGAGUCCGCCCUGCUGCUGCAGCACCUGGCCAGCCAGAAGCAGAGGCAUCUGGCCUUCCGAGACCGGCGGGCUCACCUGCUGGCCAUUGCCGCCACUUUCGUGCCCAGCACAGACAGUGUCUUGGUGGGGACCCUGAAGGUGUCUGGCUACGUCAGGGGACGGAGCCUGAACGUGAACAGCUUGGUGCAUAUUGUGGGACACGGGGACUUCCAGAUGAGUCAGGUGGAUGCCUCCCCAGAGCCCUUUGCUCUGAACCCCAGAACUGCAAAAAUACACCCAAGGAGCAUGGGGGACCAGGAUGACCUUGUCAGGAGAGAAGAGGAGAUGGAGGAAGACGUGAAGGUGCUCAGCAAGGCUGAUGCCAGCAAGCAAGAGUCUCUGCAGUCAGAAGUGGCCCCUGACCCCAUGGAUGGAGAGCAGACCUGGCCCACCGAGGAGGAGCUGAAGGAGGCUGAGGAGUCCCUGGCACAGAGGAAGAAGAUGGCCAAGAGGGUCCCCAAAGGCACAUCUGCCUACCAGGCUGCCUGGAUCCUGGACAACAAUGAUGAAUUGGAGAGUGGCAGUGAGGAGGAGGAUGAAGAAGAGAAUAUGGUGGAAGAGCCCAUCUCCCAGGAUGGGAGUGGCAGUGAAGAGGAGGAGGAGGAGGAGGAGGAGGAGGAUGAAGUGGCCACAGAGGAAGAGGAGGGUGCAGCCAUGACCCUCCUGGACGAUGAGAAGAUGGAGGACAACGAGGCAAUUCUGGAGAAGUACAGGGAGGAGCGGCAGGAGGAGAUGUUUCCAGAUGAGGUGGACACACCACGAGAUGUGGCGGCCCGGAUCCGGUUCCAAAAGUACCGAGGCCUGAAAAGUUUCCGGACCUCUCCAUGGGACCCCAAAGAGAACCUGCCCAGGGACUAUGCCCGGAUCUUCCAGUUCCAGGAUUUCUCCCGGACGAGGAAACACGUCUUCCGGCAGCUGGAGAAGGAGGAGAGCAGUGGAGCUGAGGUCGGCUGUUAUGUCACGCUGCACAUCUGCAGUGUCCCCGUCUCGGUCAUGGAGAGUUUCCAGCAGCAGGUGCCUCUGUUGCUCUUCACGCUGCUUCCUUACGAACAGAAGAUGUCUGUGCUCAACCUCCUGGUGAGACGCCAGCCGGGUGACAGUGAGCCCAUCCGUUCUAAGGAGGAGGUGAUUGUCCAUUGUGGCUUCCGCCGCUUCCGAGCCUCCCCGCUCUACUCCCAGCACAGUUCAGCUGACAAGCACAAGCUGGAGCAGUUUCUGCGGGCAGACACCACCAUGGUUGCCACCAUCUAUGGCCCCAUCACUUUCCCACCUGCUUCUGUGCUGCUGUUCAGACAGAGGAGCAAUGGAGCUCACAGCCUCCUGGCCACAGGCUCCCUGCUCAGUGUCAACCCUGACCGGCUGGUGAUCAAGCGGGUGGUGCUGAGUGGCCACCCUUUCAAGAUCCUCAGCAAGAUGGCAGUUGUGCGCUACAUGUUCUUCAACAGAGAGGAUGUAUUGUGGUUCAAGCCAGUGGAGCUCCGGACCAAGUGGGGGCGCCGGGGGCACAUCAAGGAGCCUCUCGGUACCCAUGGCCACAUGAAAUGUCAGUUCGAUGGGCAGCUGAAGUCCCAGGACACGGUGCUGAUGACCCUCUACAAGCGGGUCUUUCCCAGAUGGACAUAUGAUCCCCACGUGCCGGAGCCACCGCGGGAGAGUUUGAGCAGCCUCCUGCCUGGCCAGGAGGAAGAGGAAAUGGACUAGCAACUGCAGGGGACCCAGUUUUGUCUAAAUUUGCACUUGGCCUCUGUUCAUUUGUAUCCUAUUUAUUUUUGGAGGAAAAUACUAUUUCCAAGACAAGCCUUGGCCUCUUUGUUUAUUUACGUGUGUCUUUAGUGGCCUGACAGUCUUGGGCAUCAUUGCCCCAGAGAGAAAGUGAACUGUCAGUGGCUAAUUCCUCCACAGAAGGGGUAGUUUGGGUUUAUUUAUUAAAUGUAUUUGCAGCUUGACCUUCAUCCUAGGGCAUGACACAAACAGUUAAGACUUGGAAGAGUUUUCAUGUCUUAAAAAUUCAAAACAUUGUUAAAAUUGCCACCCAAGGGAAGAAACACCAGUUGCAACAGCACACUAAAGACCUAGUAGCCAACAGAAACCCAGGCGAGGAGGGGUGACUUUUCCUAUUCUGCAUCUGUACUUCUCGUACUCUCGAGGGGGAGGGCAUUCUAUAAGCAACAGAGAGGACCCUAUCCUUUGCCAUGAUGCAAAGGCACUCCUUUGGAUGUUGGAGAAUGAGAAUUGCUUAUCUGUGGCCUUGCAAGGAGAGGGAUAGGGAGUCUUUGUUCCUUCAGAACAAUCUUAAACUCAACUCUCAACCUUGGCAGAGCGGGGAAUUCUUAGCGCCAUGUCCUCUUGGGGGCCUGAGUCGCUGCUUCUCUAAAAUGAGUACCUUUAUCAAGGGCUCUGAACAAACAAUAUGGUUGCAGAUGAUAAAAUUCCCAUAAGCUCCUCCCCAGAACCUUACAGACCUGCAUCUUUCUCUGCCGUUUUAAUGCUCCCAACUUUAUUGUUGACUUUUAUAGUUUCUUGGACGUUGUGACUGCUACUCUCCAGCUGACUCUAGAGCAGAGGUGUCCAAACUUUUUUCAAAGGGUCAGACUUGAUGAAGUGUUGACCUUUUUUUAGGAUUGAAGUUGUUGAGCUGGGUGUUGGUUUUUUAAAAAGAUUUUACCCCAUGAAAUAAACUGCCACAGGGGCCAGAUUAAACUGACCGGUGGGCUGGAUUAGGCCCCAAAACGGACUUUGGACAUGCCUGCUCUAGAGUCCGUUCUCUCUUUUGGGAUCAAAGAAAGAUGCUGCUAUCCCCAGGCACUCGUAAGACUUCCAGGAAACAGACGUUCCUUGAUUCUAAAACUGCCAAUUUGUCAAUCACCAGCCGUGGCACAGGCGGCUGUAGGGAUGUUUUUGGGAAACUUAAAUUUGCUACCCUCAUUUACUACAAUACCUAUGGCUUUAAAAGAUUAGACACAUUCAUGGAGGAGAGGGCUAUUGAUUGCUACUAGCCAUGAUGGCUAUGCUCGGCCAGAGGCAGCAAUGUUUCUGAAUGCUAGUUGCAGGAAAUCACAGGUGGAGAGAUUGCUCUUGUGUUGCAGUCUUGCUUUAGGCUUCCCGUUGGGGCAUCUGGUUGGCUACUCUGAGAACAGGAUGCUGGACAAGAUGGGCUGAUACUCUUAUGUUCUUAGCAGGAUUCCUUGGGUGGGUAAAGGGACACUAACAGAGUAUUUCUUUCCUAGGGUGCUUGUCGAGAGCCUCUUGUUAGUCUUCUCUUGUCCCAUCUUAUCAGGAGACUCCCCCC